CAGAUGACUGAACUGCUGAAAAAGCGCCCAGUUGCAGUAAUUACAAGGGACGCAAAUGCACCAUGUGAUUUCAUACAAAUGGGUUACAAUGAAUCAUUUUUUUGCAGCUUUUUGUCAGCACAUAAGUUGCAUUAGACAAGAAUAGCGUCGCAUUUAUGUCUUGAUAUUUUAGAAGGGUAGCCAGUGGAGAGAGAGAGAGGGAGAGAGAGAGAGAUAGGAGAGAGAGAGAGAGAGAGAGAGCUCCAGAUGGUGUUUAAACGCAGACAGAAGGCUCCAGAGGGGACAGAGAGAGAGAGAGAGAGGCGGAGGAGGCGAGAGUGAGAGAGAGCCGCGGUUAGUGCGCAUAGUGGGCUCGCCAGCUCCAUUUAUCAGCGAGGACAAAAACAAGUCGGAAAAGCCUUAUUUCACCACUGAAGACACCUUCAACAUGAGCGCACAUGUUUGACAAGUAAAGCCGCUGGCACCAAAGCCUAACAGUCGGCGGAGGAGGAGGAGGAGGAGUAAGAACAAGAACGAGAAGGAGCACACUGACGUAUUUUACACAGUGUCGAUAAUUGCUUUUUUUUCCCUCCAACAACAACAACAACAACAAAAAAGGAAUUAUUUCCAUUAUUUCGGACGUGUUUGGACUUUCAGCCUUGAAAGCUGCGACUGAACUCAAGAAGACGGUUUUAAAGUCGCAGGAGGAUCCAGACGCACCCUCAAAAGGACUCAAGGAUCCGCAUCUUAGUAUCUACUGUUUUUGCAUGGGACUCACCAGGAUUUAAUGACUUAAGUUAGAAUACAGUUUUUUUUUAAGGGGGCUAUAUUUAAAAGAAGCCGAAAAAACUGCAAUUUUGUACAGUUUUUAUCAUGACUAAGAGAGUGGAUUUACACGAACGGGGCGAGUUGUGAUAUUUCAAAUAUCUCACAAAACCAAAGACAUAAUUCAUGACGUUUGAGGCCGUUUUCGGCAUGAUAAAGCAAAUAAAUACCUCAUAAGUGGUCCAAGCUGGAAACUCACAAGCCCAAUUGAACCGCCAAAGGAAAGUUCAACAUUAUUCUUUUAUGUUUUUGAUGGUGGCGGUUUUGUGCCUCUCCUUCCUGACAAUAUUUCAUCAAAAAAAGGGAAAGUGUUUCCAUAAUAUUUAGCUUUAUGCUUUAUCCCUCCAAAAAUAAUGAGGAUUGAAGCGAUACAGAAGCUGUUGUAGAAACUGUGGAUUAUCACCUCUUCACUUACCUCAGCUUGACCUCGUCCUUCACAGAGUAGCAGAGUGCAGAAGGUUGGAACAAUGCCAGAUUCACCUGCGGAUGUGAAAACCCAGCCCAGAUCCACCCCACCCACCAUGCCUCCUCCGCCCCCGGCUGUCAGCCAAGCAACCAGUCGUAAUGCUUCGUUCACCCCCGCCACCAGUAAAUCAAUGCUAAAUGGGAGCAGUCACUCCCCCACGUCGUUGAACGGCGCCCCGUCCACUCCAAACGGCUUCAGUAACGGGCCGGCCAUGUCGUCAACAUCCUCGCUGUCCAACCAACAGCUCCCGCCAGCCUGUGGCGCCCGCCAGCUCUGCAAACUGAAGCGCUUUCUGACCACAUUGCAGCAGUUUGGUAACGACAUCUCGCCUGAGAUUGGGGAGCGAGUGCGUAGCCUCGUGCUGGGGCUGGUGAACUCUACACUCACCAUCGAAGAGUUUCAUUCCAAACUUCAUGAAGCCACCAACUUCCCUCUGAGGCCUUUCGUCAUUCCCUUCCUGAAGGCAAACUUGCCCUUGCUACAGAGGGAGUUGCUGCACUGUGCCAGGCUGGCCAAGCAGACGCCAGCACAAUACCUGGCCCAACACGAGCAGCUUCUCUUGGACGCCAACGCCAGCUCACCGCUGGAUUCUUCGGAGAUUAUGAUGGAGAUGAAUGAGCAUGGCAAGAGAAGGACCCCUGACAGGACCAAAGACUCCUCAGAGAGAGAUGGCUUGCACCCCGAGCACUUGGCAAAAAGACCUUGCACCAUAAGUCCCAGCCAGCGCUUCAGUCCCAGCACGGGACUCUCUGCUCACCCGCCUCCCAACGGCCUCUCCACGCACCCUCCCAACGGCCUUCCCCACCCACCAAACCAUCAAAUGGCUCCUCAGCAUUACCGCUUGGAGGACAUGGCGCUGGCACACCAAUACAGAGACGCUUACAGGCAUAAUGAACAUCGAGACGGCCGUGACAGACAUCGACAGACAGCAGUGCAUGGAGCCCGCCAAGAGGAAGUGAUUGACCACCGUCUAACAGAUCGAGAGUGGGCAGAAGAAUGGAAGCACCUUGAUAAUCUCUUGAACUGUAUCAUGGACAUGGUGGAGAAGACGCGUCGCUCUCUGACUGUGCUGCGACGCUGCCAGGAGGCCGAUCGAGAGGAGAUGAACCAUUGGAUACGACGCUACAGUGACGUUGAGGAGAUGAAAAAAGGUGGGAGCAACGGACAGCACUGCCUUCCUCCUCCUCUUCCUCCUACUCCUCACCACAACUCCUCCUCCAACACAGCUAGCAGCAGUGAGACUCUGUCCAAAGGAGCUUCCUCUGCUGCUGAAAGGCAGACAGGCAGACAGACAGAGAUCCAUAGAGACUUCUUACAUAGACCUCCAUCGGGAUACCUGCCAGAAGAAAUCUGGAGAAAAGCUGGUACUACAAGCAUCCCGCUCUCCCCAGCACUAAAGCACCUACAAAACAAGCAGGAAGAAGCCGUGAAUGAAGUGAAGCGACAGGCGAUGUCGGAGCUCCAGAAGGCUGUGUCAGAUGCUGAGAGGAAAGCUCAUGAGAUGAUUUCAGCAGAACGAUCGAAAAUGGAGAGGGCGCUGGCUGAGGCCAAGAGACAAGCCUCUGAGGAUGCAUUAACUGUCAUCAACCAGCAGGAGGACUCCAGUGAAAGCUGCUGGAACUGCGGGAGAAAAGCCAGCGAAACGUGCAGCGGGUGCAACACAGCUCGAUACUGCGGCUCGUUCUGCCAACACAAAGACUGGGAGAGGCACCACCAUGUCUGUGGUCAAGGCCUGCAGGGGAUGCCAGGGGGCACUCCUUCCUCAUCCUCGGCAUUAUCCAGCGCACCCCCGACCCACUCAGAGAGCACCCCGCCGGGUCCGUUGUCGCUUGCGGGCCAGAGCGGUAUUCCAAGCGGGGCGGCAGGCGGUGGUACUGGGAGCAUGUCGGCGAGCCCAAAGGAGAGCAGUUCCAGCAGUGCCUCGCGCUCAACCACUCCAGCUACACCCGCCCUAUUGGAUGCUACGUCUCGCUGACGUCUGACCCUUGACCUUUGACCCGUACCUGUGCUCUGAUGCGACAACGGCCACCGUUCCACACAAAACCAAACUGAGGAAUCUUCAUUGCACAUUGGCCCCUUUUUCCCCACUCCCACAUUGCAGUUCCAGUUCAGUCAUUUUUUUAUCCAUAUGAUUUUUUUUUAAUGGUUACCCUCCCGUAAACAAUACAAACAGUGACAUUCUGUGUAGAAGUCCAACUGUUGAAAAGCACACACAUAAGUGACGUGUUUGCGGAGAACUUACUCGCAUACUUGACAAAGAUGAAGCACGGUCAAUUAAGAUAAGAGCUGCGGUUAACGGAGAAGACAAGACCAAUUAGCACUUCAAUUUCCUUUUCAUUUACCACCAAUGAUAACAGUAGCCAGACCUGUUAUGUGCACUGCCACAUUGUUUUUUUUCUCCAGUGUCCAUAUGCUAACAAGCUACGUAUAAUUCACUUUUUAUUCAAAUAAUAUGAGCAAAGGGGGAAAAAAAAUGAUGCAAUUUACUCCUUAGUAUUUAUUAAACAUUUCUUUUUUUGGCUUUAAAGGAAAACAAAGACAAGUCCAAAUAUUCUAAAUAACAAUGUGAUGAUUCUUACGUCGUGAAAUUAAGUUUUAAACUGCUAACUACCUUGCUAGCGAGCCAAGAAAAAUCUACACCGGACUCACCUCUCCAUUGUGAACCCAAAUGAAUUCAAAUAUGAAAAAAAAACAAAAAAAAAAAACAACAACACGAUCCAAAACCUUUGUAUUACACUGCCAAAGUGAGUAAGUGAUAAGGAGAAGCACUCAUAACCAAACGCAAAGCAACAUCACCUCCUCAGAAGAUAAGGGAAGCCGUGAGAGGAAAAAACUUCAGCAAUUCUUCAGCGAUGGCCCAGACUAGUGAACAUAUGGAUAAUGUUGUGAAGGACUUGGGUAAAAUGGACCGAGGCCUCACCAAAAUUUGAGAUUUGUGUCAGAGUGGGAACGGAAAAAGCUACACAGACUCAACAGAGACUAAAAUUCACACACUUCAAUGUAGCUACCAAAUCCUCAAAAACUUUGUUGGAGCAACUGCAUCCAUCAGGAACAUAUGAGAGCGUUGUUUUGGUUUUUUUUUAAGCUCCAAAUGUUUAGGUGAUAUUUACCUUUACAUUAACACACAUUUUCCAAAGCACGAUGAACAGAUGAUGGAGCCAAGAGAAAAGCGGUGUCAGACUCUCCUCUCUUUCUACCUCCCUUCACCCCCACGCCCCUUUCUUCUACGUUCUUGCCUGACCACUUGACUCUCGUCCGUCCGUCCUCCUUCAGCUCCCAGCCUGCUUUUGGACUACACAUCAGCGCAGGACAACACGGAAAAGGGAUCUAACCUGCUUGUAGAUAUUGUUCCUUUUUUCAUUUUUCAAUAACGUCUAUUGUCGCUGAUGUCCACAUGUGCUGCCCUUGUGUAUAUCCAGAAACUGAUUUUUUUUUUGUUACCAAUCAUUUUCAUAAUUAUUAUAUUUGGGCUUAGCGAGAACGCUUGUCUACGACCGAAAAAGCCCCGCAUCGUACUCAUUGUUUGAUUUGUCGUAUCUGUAUUAAUGAGAUGAAACCCCUCUUGUAGAAUAUUUUGUAUUGCUCGCAUUGUAAGACAGUGAGAGGACGGAGGUGCAAUAUGAAGAGAAUUCAGCUACUGAAUGGAACCUCAGCAACUGCCCAUAGGGUGUCAUAUAAUAUAGAUACAUAUAAAUAUAUUUAAAGUAACAUCAGUAACUUAAUGUGAAUGUACAUAGUAUUUAAAGAGGUCCAAAAAAAUGUGUUUGCCAAAUAACAGAAACCUUUAAACUUUUAAUGUCCAGAACAUGAUUUUUUUUUAUCACAGUUUCUUUUUUUGUUAAGACAAUUCAAACACUUUUCAUUGAUAUGAAAUCCGAGAGUGACGUAAGUGACUCUUUUGAGUACAUUCAAGGUUAUACAGAUCAAGGGUGCAUGAGUUGCAUGACUUCCAGGACUAACUGAAUUAGGCUUUAACAAACUCAAGAUGUGAAGAUGUUUCAUUUUUUUUUCCUUAGAAAUUAUUAUACAUUUACAUAUUUACACAUUUUCUGGCAAAUCCUGCAGGAGGGGACUCAGUUCAUAUAUUCAUUCAUUCAUUUUCUAUCGCUUUUCCUCACGAGGGUGGAAAGAGGCGGGGACUGGACUGGUGGCCAGCCAACCACAAGGCACAUAUAGACAAACAACCAUUCACACUCACAUUCAUACCUAUGGACAAUUUGGAGUCGCUAAUUAACCUAGCAUGUUUUUGGAAUGUGGGAGGAAACCGGAGUACCCGGAGAAAACCCACGCAUGCACGGGGAGAACAUGCAAACUCCACACAGAGAUGGCCGAGGGUGGAAUUGAAUCCUGAUCUCCUAGUUGUGAGGUCUGCGUGCUAACCACUUGACCGCCGUGCCGCCCUCAGUUCAUAUAGUUCAAACCAAAUUUAGGUUCAAUUGAGACCUUUUGUCGUCAUCACUAUUUAGGUAUGUUUGUUUCCUGCAGGGCGGCACGGCGGUCUAGUGGUUAGCGCGCAGACCUCACAGCUAGGAGACCACAUUCCAAAAACAUGCUAGGUUAAUUGGUGACUCCAAAUUUUUCCAUAGGUAUGAAUGUGAGUGUGAAUGGUUGUUUGUAUAUAUGUGCUCUGUGAUUGGCUAGCGACCAGUCCAGGGUGUACCCCGCCUCUCGCCCGAAGACAGCUGGGAUAGGCUCCAGCACCCCCCGCGACCCUCGUGAGGUAAAGCGGUAGAAAAUGAAUGAAAGAAUACUCUUUCAUGGUGGGAUCGGACAAUUAGUCAGUAUUAAGCUAAGAUAAGACCAACAUCAGAGGUUCACUUUACUCAAGAUAUAAAUGGGUCAACCUUAUUGCCUUGUUCCGUGCAGCAUUCCCUCGGCUAAUUAGCAGCCUUGGGUUUUACCGAGUGGAAAAAGUGCCAUGUGGCCACGUUUAAGUCCAUUUUGUCUCAUAAAACACCUGAGCCAAACCCGCAGUGAGUUAUAGUUACAUUAUAGGAUUUAAAGCUAUCAACAGAUGGUUAUAGUCAAUGAUUAUAUUAUUUAAAAAUGAUCUGAGGCAUUCAAUGCAAAUAAGCUGCCCUGCAUUUCUUGUGUAACAUUUUUUUUGUAUUAGCGACAAAAAGAGCUUCCCGUGAUGUGGUGUUUGACUUUUUAACUACACUAAACCACUCUUCAAUCGCUACCUCCUGAGACCAUACAGCUAAUCACCAGGAGAACUUGACCUGGACUUUGAAAAAAAAACAUGGGCUUGCAGAGCAGUCAAGGAAGUUCGGCUAUUGAAAGGCCUUGCCAUUAUACUUGUUUUUCCAUCAGAAACGGUCAAAACAUAUCACUGAACACAGCACUGACAACAACGACACGCCAUUUGUUAUCCAAAACCAAUAAAAGCACAGACCAAAGUAACUCCUGCAUUGCCAUAAAGCGGCUUUGACCUGAUGUGAUGACAAACCAGAUAGGAUAAAAGUUAGAGCUUCACUCCGGUUAACCAAAGUGUCUGAAAUACAAACAGUCAGAAAAACAAGAGCCAGCUGUGUUUUAAGCGUGCACGAACCCAUUCAAGAGCAAUCAAAAUGCAAGUUGUGCACAUUCUAAAUAGAGAAGCCUCUCCUUUGGAAAAAAAAAGCCUACUGGUUGUGUAUUCUCGCAGUUACAAAGCCUUGCAGAGAUAAAAAAAAAAAAAUGAAUGCAUGAUGUUUUUUCCCGUGUGACUGGAGGAGUGUGUUUUUUUUUUUUUGUAAAAAUACUUAGUUUUUUUCCACGUCGCUGUACUUGAAAUCCUCCGAGCUUUAAUAAAACAUCCCAGGCAUACGACUGACAAGAGAGAUUCACAAUAUGUAGCAACAGCUUUCUGGGUUAAAUGCUGUGUUUGUGAACAAAUGUCUUCAUCAAAAAACAACAUAUGAUGGCAACUCCUUUCAAAGCUUUUGUUAGUUGUGCACCCUUGUCUGCAUGCAUGGAAGCCUUCAAAGAAACCAAACCCAACACACCACGUAACGUAUACAUGACCAAAAUACAACCAAAAGCUAUUUCACUUCAAUUCUACUAAUGUUUUUUCGAAGCAUUAAUACAGUUUGGGGAUUUGCUGUGGGAUGUGAAGCUGGAUUCACAUUUUAAAAAAAAAGUCAUUUUUUGUGUCCAUGCAUUAUGUCAUGAGAUUUGUACCGCGAUGUCAUACUUUGUGAAGAUAGAUGGGCUCUGCUUUUUUUUGUGAAAUAGCAUCCAAGGCUCUCCACUUGACAUCAGUCACUAUUCAACUAUGUACUUGACAAAAAAAAAACAUGUUCAGGAAAGAUGCAUUUUAGCAGGUUGCCAUUUGUAGCAUCCUAUACCCCAAAACCGUAUCUUUUACCAAUGACAUUUCAAGGCUCAUCCAAAGUGAUGAUGCAUCCUUCCUGUGGCACGGUGUGCCUGUGGCUGAUGAAUAGCGAGACUCGCAAGCGGAUACAGCACUUGUGUACCCAAAAAAAAAAAAAAAGCCAUGGCUCAGGAUGGUCCUCUUUUUACCUUUACAUAAACUGAAAAACAAGGUUGUGUUUUUUUUUUUUUCUUCUUGUGUAGGGACUCAUUCUAUACUGUAUUGUGCAAUACAUUAUGACAGAAAAAAAACAUUUCUGGAGGGGAAGGUUGACUGAAAAUCUUUUAUUUCUCUCUCUUCAAAAGUUCCUGUUGCCGUUUUUAGAUGAAGUAAACUGUGCCAGAGGAAUUAAAUUCUGAUUUGUAUUUAUUUCUUGCAUGCUUUCCUCCCUGUUGCUAAUACCGCUCUUUAACUGUUCGCUCUGUUGGAUGUGUGAAGCUGUAAAACAUUCUAAUUCAGGUUAUUGUCUGUGUUGAACAAUGUAACUGUGUAAUUAAAAUAUGAA